AUGUCGCAGCCAACGGUUGCAUCCUAUUUUAAUGCCCGCAAACGUGCGGCUAUUGAUACGCUAGACCUAGCUGGCAAAAAUAAGGUACUGGUACUAGAAGCCACCUGUACAGUAAAUACAACUGAUGACUUGACGAACAGUUCUCUGAACUCGGAUCACAAAAAUCUCCGCAUCGUAUUAGCUAACGAUAAAAAAUUUAUUUUGAAGAAUGCCGAUAUCGGUGGACGCAUUAAUGGCAAUAGUUCGUCCGAACCGUCGGGACCUCUGGGACGGCGCGUCACCAGGGCAUCCCGAGGAAUCAAGCGGAAUGGUCCCACCGAAUUGGAUGAGAAGAACAAAGCCCUGUUGUCCUCAUCUCAGCCGAAGCUGGUGUCGUUUUUAAAAAGGGGUAACUUGUCCCCACAGAAGCGUGCAUAUACAGCCAGCCCUACCAAGCAGGCUUCUGCUGUUCCCGAGAAAAAAAUAGCCUCUCCGAAGAAAGCAGAGAUUAGCAUUCCGAAGAUGGCCGAGUUUUCUCCACGUAACAAUAUUAAAAAUAUAGAAAAUGCAACCUCUAGGGCUAGCGCCAUCCGGGCUCUUCCCUUGGGCAAAGACAAAGAUGCCAUGUCUCUGGAAGAGAUACGAAAUAAAUUAUUGGCUCAUCCUCGGCUACCGGAAUUGAAAACAAAGCUGAAUCAGUUGCAAAGCGGAUUAGAUAAAAUGGAACGCCUACGGAACCAGCGUCUAGAGGGAAAAAAACCACCUGUUUCACCAACUAAGGCUGCGAAAAAUCUACAAAAAUUCGCUACUCUGGACGUAGAAGUGAUGGUGAGCCCUAAAAAAACAACAAUAUCUCCAUCGAAACUCCUUCGCACUCCUAUUAAAAAUGCGGAAAACUCCACGUCACCUUCGAAGAACGUGACGCCGAAGCGUAUGUCUGCCCUGAUGAGCCCAAUUAAGGAGCCUUCGGCAUGUACACCCAUUACGGCUAGCCCGAAAAAACUGCCAGCUUACCAGCGUUUCAGCGCAUUAGCAGAAGCGGGUACUCCGACACUGCACUUACCAUUUAAAUAUCGCUCACUGUUGGAACUGUUCAAGUGCGUCGAUACAGUGUGCGCAAUGUUUCACAAUCGCAAGGAACAGAUCACUUUCAAAAAGCUUAAACCGGCAGUCCAGCGAAUGGCGAGGAAGAAUUUCUAUGAAUCGCACCUCGCGCAAAUUCAAUUCCUAUUUCCAGAAGCGUUUCAGCUCAGUCAGGAGAUGACAAAAAAUUAUGGUUCGGCAACGAAGCACGAAACUUAUCAACUCGUAAUAAGACCGAAUAUUGAAGAAAAUACGGAGCAGACAAAGAAGCUACACGAUACCGAUUUUAUUCGUACAAUCCAGAACCAGUCUCUGAAUCCUCAGGCAUUGAUCGAGCGCUAUCAGAAAUUGCGCCGUAUGUUGUUGGAAAAAACGAAAGACGCUCAUCAUGCUUUUCUGCAGAGUUUGGACCCACCAUUAAACAUCGAUCGCAACAAGAUCGUACGCUGGCAUGCUGAUUUCGAGUUGGAAAAUUGCCCAGACAUAGAGAAAGCGGAGCUGCCGCAGCCUCCGAAUGUGGAAAAAUUUUCUUCUGCAAAGGAUAUUCUGUCUACUGCAAGAAACCUUUUCAGUUGUGCUACUCCGAUGGAGCGUGCAUUGGAACGACUACAGCAAAAGAAGAAACAAGAGAUGGCUGCCGCCGAAGCAUCGAAAACACUAGUCUCUGAAGUUGAUGACAAAACGAAAAUAGACAUCAAAUUAGAAAAACCUGCUACCAUAACCAGCGCUGAUAUGCAAGAAACAACACCAAAAGAUCCAGCCGAGCUCUUGUUAAAAAACGUUCCCAAAGCACUACUGGAAAAAAUACGGGCUAAACAGGCUGCCAAGGCUUUGGAGCAAAUGACUAGGCGACCGUCUCAGGAACAACAAGCAAUUAAGUAUAGUCGUUUACCGGAAAUAGCACGCCAUUUGAGAAGUGUGUUUGUAACUGAGCGCAAGAAUGUGCUACCACUCGAAACACCUGUGGUCAAGAUAGAAAACAGUUACCGAGGAAAACUAACAAUGCAAGACCUGGAAGAGCACAUACGAAUGAUAGCACAGUUGGUGCCAUUUUGGUUAACGCUCCCGGAGGUCCGUAAGGUAAAAUAUGCCAAGAUAGCAAAAGACUGUGACCUAGCAAAGGUGUUGAACGUUCUCGAACAAAAAGCAAACGAAGCCGUUGGAUAGACGACCUUUGUCAAUAUCGUUCGUGUUGCAUUUGAGUGCUCUAGAAUAAGUUAUGCAGAUUUUUUUCUGAUAUGCAGUUUUGACGGAAUUGAAAUAUUUUAUUUUUCAUUGCCAUUUUUAUAAAUAAUUUACUUGUAUCUUUGAUUCAUGUUCGCCCACCACAUCAAUAUAGACGAGACAUUAUUGACAAAUAUAUUACUUAAAUUCAGAUGCGUAUUUGCGUUUUUGGCUAUUCAAAUACGAGAGCCAUUUCAUUUUAUUUUUCUUCUGUCACUACGCUACUGUUAAGGUUUGU